GUCAAUGCUAAAAUAAAACGGGGAAAAAAACUUUUCUAUUUGGCUGAUAAGUAAAAAUACAUGGUAGUGAGGAAACAGGGCUGUAAGAAGAGUCAUUUUUCUCCGAGCUGUAAUUGUUGUUUGCACACGUUAUUGUUCACGUAAAAGAGGAGCCUUUUUUUUUCUGUUUCCUUGGGUCGCACAGGGAGAGUCAGCGGGCUGUAUCAGUUUAGCCGACUUGCUAGCUAACGUCAAGUUGUAAGAAAGUGGAGAAGACGGUGGCUAAAAGAGGGCUUCUCCGCCUACACAGACCUAUGCGACGGAUCACAGAGAAGGUGGCCAGGCCAGAGUCAGCAAGUUGUUGAUGCUCUGGCCCGACCCUGAGACAUCUGGUGGCGCAAAGCACGGUGAGUGAUGGAGAUGAGAGAGUUGACUGUGGUAGCUGGCAGCUUCGUGGGUUUCCAGCUACUCUUCUCAAUGGCCAGCCCACGGCUCUCCUCUGCCAUCACACCAGGUUAUGGACGGCUGCCUCCCACCAAAUUGACAGAGUGGAACUCCAGGUUGGUGUCGACUGUGCAUGCUCUGAUUGUGGGCUUGUUCUGUCUGUACAUCCUGUGGUUCGAUGACAAGGUCAACGCCAACCCCAUCUGGGGUGACCCCAGUCUUGUCAAACUAAAUGUCGCCAUAACCUGUGGUUACCUCCUUUAUGACCUUGUGCUGCUUGCUUGUAACUGGAUCACUAUGGGGGACAGCUUUUUUGUCUGUCACCACUUGGCGGCGCUCUAUGCAUAUGGUUUUGUGCUGACUCGUGGCGUGCUUCCCUACUUUGCCAACUUUCGUCUCAUUUCAGAGUUAUCCACACCAUUUGUGAACCAAAGGUGGUUCUUUGAGGCAUUAAAGUACCCCCGCUCACACUGGAUGGUAGUGUUAAAUGGUGUUGCCAUGGCGGUGGUGUUCUUCCUGGUGCGCAUUGCUGUCAUGCCAUCUUAUUGGGCUAGUGUAUUCGCCACCUUUGGCACCCCAGACUUUGAGCGGCUGGGUUUGGGUGCUCAGGUGGCCUGGAUCACCUCCUGCAUCGCCCUAGAUAUCCUGAACACUAUCUGGAUGUACAAGAUUGCUCGUGGCUGCUAUAAAGUCCUGACUGGGAGACGAGGACGAGAGGCAAGAAGAAUUGAGACAUGGAGAACAGACGGUGCAGCUAAUUCUACAGUCAGAUGCCAUUAAACCAUUGAAAAUAAGAGGAUGAUGCAAAAAGGUAAGGUGAUUAGAAAGCUCCAGUCAAAACUCAAACAAUGGAAAACAAAUUAGAAAACCUGAUGGAGAUGUGGCAUUUCUGUUUUCUUUACAUGUAUUAAUGUGAAAUUUACAGUCUCCUCUGCUCCACGCAGAGAUCUGACAAGUUCGUUUGGCACUAUAGUCUCUUCAAUGAAGCAAAGCUUGAGUGAUGUUUCAGUCGCAUACUUCACAUAGGUAAUUAUUGAUUUAGCAAGUCUGUUUCCUUUGCACUUUGUUGCAUCUUGCUUUUCUCAUUACACCCAACUUUUCCACCUCAGCCAAGCAUAAAAACUAUUUUGCUAUAUUGGGUAUGUCAAGAAGACAGGUUUUUUUUUUCUUUUGAAUUUUUGGCAUUUUAGUUCACAUUGCAAAUGAAUAUUACAAACAGUUUGGUCUUUUUUUAUUCCAAGCAUUAUUCUUCCUUGUGAAAACCUGGUGCCUACAUUAUCCACAAUGCAACGUGACCACCACUGUUGGAGAUUUGGGUGUGUUAUGCUAGAAGUGGCUAGUGUUGACUCAAGCAGAGAUGAGGAGUGGGCUACAGAGGUCUGGUAAACUAACUCCACACCCCCAGAUAUUUUUCAUUUUCAAAUUUUUAGUUUUCAUCCCCAACCGACAUUGACUCUAAUCACUUGAAGCAAUUUAUCAAACUUUGCACAGCUCAUUUUGGAGCCACAAAAUACUUUAUACAAUAUAUUGUACACCCCAACAUCUGUAAACAAACUUUGAUGUGUAAAAUCUGUAGAGUUCCCAUUUAAGGCCUGGUAUCUGUAGUUGCAUAGAGAGUUAUAAUAGUCUGAGAAUGUCUGGUGGUGUUUUCAUUGUGGAACUAUAAAGCACACUCCCUGUGGAGCAACAACUCAGUGAUCUUCUGUAUUUCUGUCUGUCACCACAGAGGAGGGGCUACAGUAACUUGUGCCUUUACACAAAUGGUAGAUGUGUUGCAGUCAGAUUUAGAUUAGUGUGAUCUUUCUAAUGUAUAAUCCAGUGAUAAUCUCCUAUCUGUUCCAUGUGUAUACUCGCUGUAUAUAUUUUUAUAAUCCGCCUGCACAAAAAUUAAUCCGGCCAAGUAUUAUAAUCCAAAACUGAUCCCACUCGGGAAGCCUGUUUUGUGUUGAUUUUUGUGUUCUCCUGAAUACAGGGAUAUGUCUCUGUGAAUGUUGUGAUAGAUUAUUUAGUGGCAUUAAGAUGAGCUCACAGUUUCCAAUAUGAUUAAAUCAAACUAUAUUUUUUGACAUAAGCUCUUGAAGAUAUACAGGUAGGUGAUGGGAAGGCUAACAUUUCAUUUCUCCAGCCUUCUCAACUCAAAACUGUGAAUAGUUUUAGAAUAAAACUGUAACUAUUGUUCAGUCAAGUAGCCAAAAUAAUUUGACUAAAGUGGGGUAGAUUUACUGAGACUGGGUGAGCAGUGAUCUUGAUACACUUCUUGUAGGAGCAUUGUGUGUGUUUUGGAUGUCAUUGAGUUUAGACUCAUAGUUUAGUUGAGUUUUUGUACUUUUUGUCAGGAUUUUCUAUAGAAUAUAUUUCAAGACCUGAUAUUUAUGCUGCAUCUCCUGUAUUCUGCACCAAGUAAUGUAUCAGGUUAGAACAACCGAGUUGCCUUUGUUUCUGCAUAUCUAUAUCUAUAUCGAUAUCAAUAUAUAUAGAUAUAUAUAGAUAUAGAUAUAUAUAGAUAUAGAUAUAUAUAGAUAUAGAUAUAGAUAUAUAUAGAUAUAGAUAGAUAGAUAGAUAGAUGUGAUUAAAAAGGUAUAUACGAAUCACAUCAAUGUCCUGUUCUGAGAUUGAGUAUUGAUCUUUUAGGUACAUUAUAACAAAGCUGCAUUAAAAUUGGUACUUAAAACAGUAUAUUGUGCUGUUCUACUCAAGGUUACACAAGGUACUUAAUCAACUAUUAUCUUUGUCCCAUCUUUUUUGUUUAAAAUCUUUAAUUUCAAGUUUGAUCCGAGGUGUACAAUGAUAUAGGAUAGUUUGAAUCUCAACGUAACAGGAUGACAACAUAUGUACAGGGGUUAAGAAUGACUGGAAAACUUUCAAUCAAAUGACUCGCCAUCUUUUUUUUUUUUUUUUUUCCUUUAAAUGACUUGCCAGUGUGGCUUAUGUUCCAUCCCUUUUCAGCUCUUUUUAUUUUGUCUCUUAAUGCAAUGCAGUUGUUAUGAUCUGUUUUGUUUGUUUGUUUUUUUCUGGAGAUUUUAAUGUGAAACAGCCUACACUACACAUUGGCCUUAGGGUCCUUGUCUGAGCAUUACCUUGUGGCUCAGAUUGCUGUCCUCUACAAUGACCACUACUAAUGAUCAUGUAAUUGUAGUGCUGAAAGCUGAGACUUACUUGAAAGUGUUGUUCUUCAAUAAAGUUGAAGACAAGAGAAAAGAGUUGGUGAACUUUUUUAUUCUUACUACGCCAGCCUAGGUUUCCUUUUAACUUUUGUACUAAAUCAUUGGUUUUUUAACAGUGAUGUCAGCAUGGGAAUGACCUGUUGUAUUCAGUGUAAUGCAUCCAGAGAGCAGCAUACUGAACUGGUCCAGUCAUGCAUCAGCUAUGGGCUGGUAGUAUGAUAGUUCUACCCAGGCACAGCAAGACCAGCUGUGCCUGGGUAGACCAACAUGGAGCAAGACUGGUAGUUGCUCCAUGUGUCUCUUUUCUGUAAAAUUGUGUGUGUGUGUGAUGGAGAGAGGAACAUGAUGGAUGUAUUCAACAAAAAAGGAAGGGUAGGUAGGGUAAGUACAGACUGAGACAUUACAAUGAGAUGAAAGGGUAAAACAAGAGAUUUGACAAACGGAUGAAAGAAAGAUAUGAAGGAGCAUGGAAAGUGAAA